CUCCCACCUCACCUGCUCAUCUCAACAAUUUCAAGGCGGCCUUGGAAUUGCGUUCCGGACACGUACUCAUUCUCGUACAAUACACACCACUAUCGCCAUCAUCACACUCGGUGGUACACUCACCUGAGCUUCAGCGCCCUGGUGACCAGGAUGGCGAGCGGUCGACAAACGACGGGCUUUGGCGCGUCCACCGCGUCAGGCUCGCACAACAUCCCAUCGGAUCUGCCGAUAGGAGAGCAGCUCAUGCAUGUGGACCAGGCCAUCACUCUCACUCUUCAAGAAAUCGAUGCCAACUUUGCGCAGGCCCACCAGAUCGUCACGGGAAGAAUACUUCCCGCUGUCAAGCGAUAUGGCGUGGCGAGUGCACGCACCUGGCAAGGCGCAAGGUUUUGGAAGCAUUUCUUUGAAGUAUCAGCAAACCUCUCAUUGUCCACAUCUGGCGGUGAUGCAGAUGCUGUUGACGGCGUCGGCGGAGAUGUGUCGGGAGGAAGGGAUGAGCAGGGAGCUGAUCAAACGCUCACUUUGGACGAUCCAGGCAGGCCUCACCGCAAGUCUGCCCACACACCCGGAGGUCGCAGCAGGGCAGCAGCUCGCGGGGGCGAUGAAGAUUCCUUGGAUCAGAUUGAAGGCGCAGACGACAGCGAUGACUUGGACGCUUCUGGCUUCUUUCACAGCUUGAAGCACGCCAGAGCCUCUUCACCUCUGGGCACGAAAGUCCGUGGAACGGCAGCUGAUGCCGAUGAAUCCGCUUCCGACGCUUCCUGGGCUCCUGUAGAAUCGCCCUUUGAGCGUUUGAAGAAAGAGGUCGAGUCUAAUCUGGGCGCAUCGCAAGCCGAUACGAGCAAUGCGACUAGCAUUUUGGAGCAUCACCGUGCAGAGAGGGCUCGUCAGCUGGCAAGUGGAGCUGAUGCGAGUAGCUCGGAGAUGGCUCCCCCGCCAAGGACAAGUGCUGCGGGUGGAAAGACUCCAAAGAAAGGGGGCGCGACGCCUCUUGCUCGACGCGCUCUCCUCAACAGCGCGAGCCCUGCAAAGACUACAGCAUUGCCGCGCAUCACGGCGACCCCGAGGGGCGCUGCACGCAGAGGCAAUCCCUUCGCCCCGGCAUCCGCGCGCAAGGGAAUGGCCGAGGACCAAAGUGGUGCCUUGGUGCCUCCUGAAAGCGUGAGACGGUGGGAUGGCAUCGCAGAUCUGCGCAAGACUCCCUUGGCGAGUAGUCGCAAAGCGUUUGGAGGCAGGAUCAUGGGAAAAGAGAAUGCUCACUCUCAGGGUCACCAAGGAGAGGCGCGCCAGCAGACGCAAGCGAAUGAUGACUCGGACGAAGACGAUGAGGGUUCGCUUGCUCUUCCACCCGGCAUGAGCCCUCCGGUGACUAUGCGAUUCAGCGUCCCUCAAAGCAGGUACAGCAAAACGCCUGCCAAGGAAGCUGCGCGGAUGGUAGUCGACGACUUGCUGCGCACUGUCGGCGGCUACUCGCCCUCUGAUCAUGGAGGCAGCGGCAAGCGCGAACGCGAGCGCAACGCAAAGCCCAGCCUGAGUGCAUCUACAGGGGCUCGGCAGCUGCCAAAUGCUGCGCCCAGUCAGGCUGCUCCGAAAUCUCAGCAGCGGGGGGCAAGACCUUCGGUCGUAGGCACGCCCCUUCGUAAAGGACCUGUAGGCAAAGCAACGCACAGCGAGCGCAAGAGGAGAGGCUCUCUGCCCACGCCGCCUACGUUGACGAAGGGCCACCAGAACCCUCCGCCAAACGCUCUCAAAGCUUCUACCACGCCUUCCGCGGCUCCUCGCGCAGCUUCGAACGUCCCUGGUAGUGCAUCAUCGGCUGCUAGUGCCAAAGCGCCUUCCACUGUGGGCAGCAGUGCAGCUAGACUUCUCGAUGAGGAUGAGGGAGGACUUGGGGAGGUGCAGGAAGACGAAGAAGACGAGCCUGCUGAUCUUGGGACCGGGCUCAGUCGCAUCGCUUUGACGCACGGAGCGGACGGUGUGGACAAAUUGCUACUGCCAGCUGAUGACGACGAAAGUGACAGCGAUUCCUUGAGCUCAUCGGAAGAGUCGGACGGAGCACCAACCGCUGCGGGUGGCCGACAAGCAGGCGGCGCAACGGGAGAUCCCUCCGGUCAAUACUCGGUCUCUGGCUGGACAGCAAGCAGCAUGGCAUCGUCAGGCUCAUCACGAGCAAGGACAAUAGAUCAAGACACGCUCUUUGGUAUUCGACCGCCUGCUCAGGGUCAAAGUGCGUCAGGCGCUGCUAGCGCUAGCGGCGCAGGACGCACGAAUCACAGCUCUAUCGCACCAACCAACAGAGGAGAAGCAAAAUCUGGGAACGAAGGAUUUAGGCCUUGGGGUCAAGUCGAAGAACAGGGAACGGUGCAUGGUGGAAGAGGCUUGCUGGACGAGAGGGACAACACCUACUCCGCACCCUCUCCAACCCCUGCCGCACGCGACUGAGCUGGUGCAUGAAAAGCAUUCUUGCUCCUGGCCUGCUUCCCAGUCUCGAGCUGAGCUUUCUCUGCGACUCUUCGUAUUUUGUUCUGAUAAGCAUCGGGCGGGCUCUCGACGGGACCCCUCGAUGCUGCUCUGGUCCUCGCCUACACUCUUGCCAUGUACACCUCCAAUACCUGUAGCUGCGGGAUCUUUGAUCGCAUUGUGACUGAUU